AUGGGUUUUUGUCUCUACCUCCUGACUCUGCUUCUUCUGCUCUGUCUGUGCACAGCUCAGUGGUGUUACCAGAAACAGAACUGUGAUGACACGUGUGAAGAUCCAAGCCGUUGGGUUGUGCAGUUUCCCAGAUGCGGAGGAUCACACCAGUCUCCAGUUAACAUCAUCACCAGGAAAGUGCAGGUCAAUAGUUCCCUGCCUCCUUUUAACUUCACUGGACACACCAACAAAAUCAACAUUACAGUGAAAAAUACUGGCCACUAUGCUCACUUUGGUCUGCCACAGUCGGUAGGACUAACUAGAGGAGGUCUGCCAGGUCACUACAGAGCAUCCCACUUUCACUUCCACUGGGGAGGGAGUGGGAGACCAGGAUCAGAGCACACCAUUGAUGGAGAAAGAUUUCCCAUGGAGCUUCACAUAGUCCAUAUCAAAGAGCCAUACCACUCUCUGGCAGAAGCAGAACAUGACACAGCAGGUAUAGCUCUGCUUGCCUUCCUGUUUGAGGAAACAGCAGCUGAUCAUCCACAUUUGGACACAAUAAUAUAUGCGCUGGGUCAGGUAAAAAACAAUGGCAGCAACAUGGUGAUCCCAAACUUCAGACUCAGCGACAUCAUUCCAGCAGCCAAAGACCUUCACAGUUACUAUCGCUAUGUGGGCUCCAUGACCACUCCAGGAUGUGAGCAGGCAGUUGACUGGACAGUGUUUCAUAGGAUGCUGUCCAUCAGCAGUCGACAGCUAAAUGCAAUAGUUGAACAGUGUCGGUUUUGGACAGGACAACCCAUGACAGACAUCUACAGACCCACACAGCCCCUGGAGGGCAGGAUUGUGUACAGCUCCAAGUCGAGCACAUCUCAGAAGAGUCUGAUUCAUAUGUGGAUUAAAGUUUUAUCAGUGAUUCUCAUGAUAAUGACUCUAAUAAACUAA